AUGUACAGAAAAAUACAGAUCGAUUUUCGUCGUAUUUCACAACCGCCACAUGUGAAAAUCGAGAAUAAUAAUUCAUCGACCGAGUUAUACGAGCGCGUGAAUACCAUUGUGAAACCAUAUGGUGCAGUCGGAUACAAGACUUUGGAAAAAUUUGGCGCAGAGAUUGGUAGCUAUUUGAUGGGUAUGAUGCCAGAAUUGAAAUGGGCAUUGAAACACGUUGACAAUUACGAAAGCUUUUUAUAG